AUGCAAGCAUAGACAGAGUUCUUCGAUCAUGGAGGAUAUUUAGAGACUGUCAAAGGAGUUUAUAAAAAUGAGGGAUUUAUAGGUUUCUAUAGAGGUUGUGUACCACCUUUUCUAGGCUCAAUGAUGUACAGAAGUACUCAGUUUGCAAUUCUAGAUGCUACUCAUACCUACUACUAAAAUAAUCCUACAAUGACUAAGUAAAUUCCUUACACUAUGGGACUUGAACCUAGGGUCAUUGCAGCAGGUUUGCUGGCAGGAUUUACACGAUCAAUAAUGGAAUGUCCUUUUGAAUAUGCUAAAGUAAAUAGAUAGACAGGUUAGAACUGGCAAUUUACUCAUAUAUACAAAGGAUACAUGAUAAUCAAUGUAAGAAAUGCUGGCUUACUCACAUCUUUCUUUAUCUUAUUAGACUUUUCUCGAAGAAACACAAAGUUAUAUGAAACUAAACUCGGUUAAUUUGUGGCUAGUGGGACAGCUGCAUGCAUGUCAUUCUGGCUAAUUUGGCCUCUGGAAUUUUUGAAAAACUAGAUCUAAGCUGAAAACGUUCACUUUGGAAAUACAAUAAGAGAAAGAGUAAAAAAUAUAUUAAAAUUACAUGGCCCUAUGGGCAUGUAUAGAGGUAUAUUCGCUGGAAGUCAAAGUAUUUUCUUCAGAAAUGGAGCAUCUAUGAUAGUUAUGUAAGCAGCUUAGAAAAAGUUAACACAAAUGGGUUUAAGAGACUGA